AUGACUACUUUCAACAAGUUAACAAUCCUUCUCUUUCUCUCAAUUUGUCUUACAUCAUCAUGGGCCAACAAAACUCAUGACGACUUUUUUGAAUGUCUUACUCACAAAAUUACGAACUCAAUAUCACAAGUCAUCCACACUCCUAAAAACUCACUAUACUCCACCAUUUUGAACUCCUUUUCAGAUAACCUAAGGAUAACCUCCGACUUCAAACCAUCAAUUAUUUUCACUCCUACCAACGAAUCUCAAAUCCAGGUAGCUAUACAUUGCUCCAAGAUACAUGACCUACAAAUCAGAAUUCGAAGUGGUGGACAUGACUAUGAGGGUCUUUCACACAUUUCGGAGACCCCUUUUUUCAUAAUUGAUCUUAGGAACCUAAGAUCAAUAUCCAUUGAUACCCAAAAAAAGACUGCUUGGAUUCACGCUGGCGCGACCCUAGGGGAAGUUUACUAUAGAAUCGCUCAAAAAAGUAAAAAUUUGGCCGUAGUUGGUGGUGUUUGCCCAACAGUUGGUGUUGGUGGAUACUUUAGUGGUGGAGGGUAUGGCAUGAUGUCACGAAAGUUCGGUACUGCUGCUGAUUACAUCAUUGAUGCAAAAUUGAUCGAUGCUAAUGGACGAAUCAAGGAUCGAGAAUCAAUGGGUGAGGAUCACUUUUGGGCUAUUAGAGGAGGUGGAGGGACUAGUUUUGGUCUCAUUAUCUCAUGGAAGGUGAAAUUAGUCGACAUUCCUGAAAAGGUGACUGUGUUCAAUGUGACACGAAGGUUGGAACAAAAUGUAACUCAAUUAGUCUACAAAUGGCAACAUAUCGCGGACAAAGUUGAUGAUAAUCUCCUCCUCAGGAUCUUCCUGAAGAGCAAUAUUGAAUCUCCAUUCAGGCGUGGACAAAGGACUGUCCACGCCUUUUUCACUACAAUGUUUGUUGGAGGAGUAGAUAAACUCCUCCGCGAAAUGCAAAAGAGCUUCCCGGAACUAGGGUUAGUGAAAGAAGAUUGCAUUGAGAUGAGUUGGAUCGAAUCUAUACUCUUCUUUGCGGGUUUCCCUAGGGGCACAUCACUUGAUGUGUUACUAGAUUGGAAUAGCACAACUAAUCAAGAGUACUAUUUCAAAGGGAAAUCAGACUAUGUCCAACACCCAAUUUCUAUAAAUGGUCUUGAAGGUAUAUGGAAACUAUACAAUCAAUUAGGGGAAAAUUCGGGUGUUGAAUUACAGUUUAGUCCUUAUGGAGGAAAGUUGAGCGAAAUCUCAGAAUCUGAAACUCCUUUCCCUCAUAGAGCUGGAAAUAUAUUCAUGAUCGAGUAUUCAGUAUUUUGGGUGAAAAUGGAAAAUUCUAAGAGAAACAUAGCUUGGAAUCAAAAACUUUAUCGACACAUGGCUAAGUAUGUGUCAAAAUCUCCAAGAGCUGCUUAUUUCAACUAUAGAGAUCUUGAUUUAGGAGUGAACAAUAUUAUUGGAAACACAAGCUAUGAACAAGCAAGAAUUUGGGGAGUGAAAUAUUUCAAGAACAACUUUGAUAGAUUGGUGAAUGUGAAGACAAAAAUUGAUCCAACAAAUUUCUUUAGAAAUGAACAAAGUAUUCCCCCUCUUUUUGCGGAGGUUGGACGAUCUAAGAUAGCUUCAUCUGCCCUCUUUUUGAAGGAUAAAUUUGUAUCCUUGUGUUAUGUUCGGAGGUAA